UAUAUUUGGACAGAGUAAAUGAUCCAGUACCAGGAAGCGCGUUACUCAUGUUACUGUUAGUUAAACAUGAAAGUAAACACGAUGUCAGAUGACCCCAAAAACCAAACAGUCAAUGUGAUAAGAGGUUUGCACAGAGCGGACUACAGAAGCAUUGUCAGGUAACGUCAGCUAGUGCUUAAUACAGGGUGCAGAAAUGUCUACCCCAGUUACAGAGGCUGCUAACCCAAUCACAAAGAACAUAGAUGUAGCCAGUCCAUUAGAUAUAGUUUCUUUGCUUCACAAAUGUGAUCAAGAAAUAUUUGAAGGUUGGAACCAGUAUAAAAAUUUAUUUGAUGCAGAUGUGUUGGCAACCUUAGACAAAUUAAUUAGUGUUGCAGCCUCUAUUAUUGAGAAUCCUGCUACAGGUGCUAUAGUAUUAAGUGGCUGUGGAACAUCCGGCCGGAUUGGUUUUAUUACGGCAAGGACUUUCAAUGCAAAGCUGUGUGAAUUGUCCAGACUGCCAUGUUUCAAAUACCUUAUAGCAGGGAGAGACAAAGCCCUGUUUACUUCCCAAGAGGCCCCCGAAGACGACCCACAAUGUGGAGUGGAAAUGCUGAAGGAGGCAACAGUUGGGAAGAAGCAUGUGCUCUUUAUUGGCAUAACAUGUGGGUUGUCUGCCCCUUUUGUGGGAGGACAGCUUCAGUAUUGCUUGGACAACCUAGAUGUGUUCACACCUGUAGUUCUAGGAUUCAAUCCCACCCAUCAAGCAAGAAAUAAUCCAAUAGAAAAAUGGGAUUCCACUUUUUUACAAGUGGUGAACAAAAUGGAAGAAAUGAAAGCCUCCUCUAAAGUGUUUAUCCUGAAUCCUGUUGUGGGGCCAGAGCCCAUCACUGGAUCUAGUCGAAUGAAGAGUGGGUCAGCAACGAAAAUCCUUUUGGAGACAAUUUUUGCCGGUGCUACAUUGUCCGUUCUGCCUGUGGAGAGACCUUGGCAGACAGAACCCUUCCUUAGGUGCUAUCAAGCUGUAUGUAAUCAUAUUUAUACCAAAGAAAACACAACAAAUAUUGCUCAGAUGGUAGAAAUGGCAGGAAAUAGUUUAAGGUCUAACGGCAGUAUAUACUACGUGGGUGAGGACACGCUAGGAAUCAUGGGAAUGAUUGAUGCUUCGGAAUGUCCCCCUACUUAUGGAUCUUCUCUUUCGGAUGUUAGAGGAUUUUUGGACCAAGGCUACAAAGCUUUCAGGAACAAUGAUGGAGACCUCAGCUUACUGGGUAAACACUUUCAGAUAUCAUAUAACGAUAUGAAGAAGGACAUUCUACCUUUUGUGAAGCCCUCUGAUCUAGUCAUUUACUUAUCUCAGAAUGGUAAAAUUGAUGAAACAAUGACAAAGUGCCACUGCAAGAAAGCCCUUAUUUCUUUUGCCAAUAAUUCCUCUACUAGUGAUAAGAUGGAUGUUGAAGUUAAGAUUUUGCUGCCAAGAGAGGAGUUAGUGUCCCUGAUUGGCGAGGGUGCUGUGGACCAGUUCCUGAUGUUGUUUGAGGAGAUCAGCAUUAAGUGGAUCUGUAACGCCAUCACAACAGGUGCACACAUCCUCAAGGGGAAAGUCUUCCAGAACAUCAUGGUGGACCUCAAAGUCAGCAAUAACAAGCUUUUCCACAGAGCCAUUGGCAUUAUACAGAGGUUCUCAGGACUGUCCACAGAAGAGAGUAGGGAUUACCUGCUCCAGUCUAUUUAUAGCACAGACAGCCUGACGGAGGAUGUCAGAAGUUAUAAUAUAUCUAGUCAUAUAGAAACCGCUACACCUCUAUAUCAGGUUGUACCUCGAGCUCUGCUGUCGGCCAUUUUACACUGCAGUGUGUCAGAAUCCCAGAAACUUUUAAACAAUGAACCAGUGAUACAAAGGGUUAUAUCUCAAACACUGUCGGGACUACAGAAUAACAAAUAAAACUGUUACAUCUCAAACACUGUGGGGACUACAGAAUAAAUAAAACUGUUAUAUCUCAAACACUGUCAGGACUACAGAAUAACAAAUAAAAUUGUUACAUCUCAAACACUGUCAGGACUACAGAAUAACAAAUGAAACUGUUACAUCUCAAACACUGUCAGGACUACAGAAUAACAAAUGAAACUGUUACAUCUCAAACACUGUAACUACAUGUGCA